UAUAACUUGUUCUCUAUGAUUUGUAUUCUGAUUUUGUUUAGGUGUUUCAGGUUGAGCUUGCAAGAGACAUAGGUUAUGCUACCUCUAGAUAUGGGCAUGUAAUGUUUCCUGAGAAUGUUCAUGAGCCAGCUUUUGAGUGUGCUGAACUUUUGCUUGAAGGUGUCGGGAAAGGUUGGGCUUCAAGAGUAUACUUUUCAGACAAUGGAUCUACGGCAAUUGAAAUUGCACUUAAAAUGGCGCUACGCAAAUUUUUGUUUGAUCAUGGAUUCAGUUUUGACAAUCCAAAUGGUAACGGUGUUGAUAGAUGUAUCGAUCUAAAGUGAUAAUAUUGUUCUACGUAAAGGUUUUGGCCCUUAGAGGAUCAUAUCAUGGCGAUACAUUGGGAGCUAUGGAAGCGCAGGCACCAUCACCUUAUACUGGAUUCUACCAACAACCAUGGUAUAAGGGAAGAGGUCAUUUUUUAGAUCCACCAAAAGUUUCUAUGUGUCAGGGCGCUUGGAAACUGUGCAUCCCAAAAAGAAUUCAACCUGAAAUAGCAAAUGGAAAGGAUUUGAUUUUCAGCUCUCGUGAUGCAAUUUUUCAUAAAGAGCGGGAUGUGUCAGGUAUUGCUGAUAUGUAUUCGUCAUACCUAUCAGAAGAGUUAUUGGAGAAUCUGGAUCCCAGCGGGUUUAUCUGUAUUGGAGCAUUGAUUAUCGAACCAGUAAUUCAAGGCGCUGGUGGAAUGGAAAUGAUUGAUCCUUUGUUUCAACGAAUACUCACAAAAGAAUGCCACAGGCGAAAGAUUCCUGUCAUAUAUGAUGAGGUUCUUACUGGGUUUUGGCGCCUUGGGACAGAGUCUGCAGCAGAGUUGCUUUCCUGUCAACCAGAUAUUGCAUGCUUUGCAAAAUUAAUGACCGGUGGAGUUGUACCUUUAGCCGUCACACUUGCCUCAGAAGCAGUUUUUGAAGCAUUUCUUGGGGACUCAAAGCUCGAAGGUCUUUUACACGGCCACUCCUACACUGCACAUGCUUUGGGCUGUACAGCAGCUGUCAAGUCUAUUAGAUGGUUUAAAGACUGUAAAACAAAUCCUAAUUUGGCAUGUGGCGGGAGACUGCUCAAGGAGAUGUGGGAUGAAAACAUAGUUAGACAGAUCUCUUUACUCCCAGCAAUUAGUAGGGUGGUUGCCUUAGGAACCCUAUGUGCCAUUGAGCUUCAAGUAGAAAGUUCCAGUGCUGGGUAUGCUUCACGCUGUGCUUCAAACCUUCUUCACAAGCUCCGAGAUGACGGCGUUUACAUGAGGCCCCUGGGCAAUGUAAUUUAUGUGAUGUGCGGGCCCUGCACCUCAUCGAAGGUGUGCUACAACAUAUUGGAAAAGGUUUUCAGAAGACUGGAGGAGUUAAGCCAGGCUAAGACGUACUGAUGAAUCACCAAAUUAUUAAUUAAUUGAAGAAGCGUAAAUGUAAUGCAUUUCAUAGUAGGGAGGGGAGAUUCUUGAUGGCUCCUUUUGAAAAAAAAAAAUCGACACCCCCCCCCCCCCCCCCCAUCUCUUCUGCAGUUCAAUUAUUAUUUAUUGUUUACUCUUUUGUCGAAACUAGAUUCCCGGGAAAACAAAUUAACAAAAAAAUAUACAUUGUUUACGAUAUUUUUGAAAUAAAUGAAAUGCAUGAAUACUGAUGAAUAACAACCUUGUGCGCAUAUAAGUUAAUGUACGAAGAGGAAGAAGCAGAG